AUGAGGAGCCCUGGAGCCCAACAGGAUGUUUCGGUUUCUCAGGGAGUCCGCAUGAUGUUUUACAUGAUGAAGCCCAAUGAAACGUCAUUCCAAACCUUAGAAGAGGUGCCUGAUUACAUAAAAAAGGCGACUCCAUUUUUCAUUUGCUUGAUGCUACUUGAAUUGAUUGUCAGCUGGAUUCGCAAAGGGAAGCCACCAGGUCGUCUGGAUGAUGCAUUAACAUCUUUGUCUGCUGGUGUUCUAUCUCGGCUUCCAAGUUUGCUUUUCAGGAGUAUUGAACUGACCAGUUACAUUUAUAUCUGGGAGAGCUACAGAAUCUUCAGUUUGCCUUGGGAUUCUCCAUGGACUUGGUAUUUGACCUUCUUAGCAGUUGACUUUGGCUACUACUGGUUCCAUCGCAUGGCCCAUGAGGUUAAUAUUAUGUGGGCUGCACAUCAAACACACCACAGUUCCGAAGACUAUAACUUAUCCACAGCACUGAGACAAUCUGUCGUGCAGAUAUACACUUCCUGGAUUUUCUACUGUCCCCUGGCCCUCUUCAUUCCUCCUUCAGUAUAUGCUGCUCAUCUUCAGUUCAAUCUCCUUUACCAAUUUUGGAUCCACACAGAGGUAAUAAAUAACCUUGGUCCUUUGGAACUGAUUCUUAAUACUCCAAGCCAUCAUAGGGUUCAUCAUGGUAGAAACCGUUAUUGCAUCGACAAAAAUUAUGCUGGUACUCUGAUUAUAUGGGAUCGAAUUUUUGGGACAUUUGAGGCAGAAAAUGAAAAAGUUUUAUACGGCCUAACACAUCCCAUUAAUACAUUUGAACCAUUCAAGGUGCAGUUCCACCAUUUGUUGUACAUAUGGACUAUAUUCUGGGCCACACCUGGAUUCUUCAAUAAGUUUUCUGUCAUAUUUAAAGGACCAGGAUGGGGUCCAGGUAAACCAAGACUAGGACUGAAUGAAGAAAUCCCAGAAGUCACUGGAAAAGAAGUUGCCUUCUCAUCUCCUGCAUCUCGGCUGCUAAAGAUAUACUCUGUUGUUCAGUUUGCUCUGAUGCUAGCAUUUUACGAAGACACCUUUGCAAAUAAAGCUGCGUUAUCACAGGUCACUCUUCUUCUGCGGAUUUGCUUCAUUAUCCUGACGUUGACCUCCAUUGGAUUUCUUGUGGAUCAAAGGCCCCAGGCAGCUCUCAUGGAAACUUUCCGUUGCUUGGUCUUUCUAAUGCUGUGUGAAUUUGGUCACCUGAAGCCUUUCAUCCCCUCCUUGUCAUUGGCUUUUGAGGUAAGAAAUGUGGUUUAGGUAGCUAUAGCAUGGAUUACAUAUUUAUUUUGUAAAUUCAUUCAUUUAACAAUGUUUUCUAGUUACUUUCUGACUAGUAAUCUUGUGAUUUUUUUUUUUUUUUUUUACAUUUUCACUUAU